AUGAGGCUGUUUUUGUACCAAGAUUUAUGUUUUGCUGCACUUCUUCUUCACCUUAUCUCAUCUACUUUUCAACACCCCCUAAUCAAAGAAAUCAAGGAUAGAUCAGCAUUGGAUAAGAUCAUAACCAAUCAAGCAUCUUUAUUACAUGGUGAUAUUGAUGGGAGUUCUAAUUCUCGCUUUUCAGAAGUAACAUCUGAAAUAAAAAACAUAAGGAAAAGAAAAUCUCACUUCAUCUCACAUCCUCCAAGUGGGACACAUACAGCAAAAAGGAUAGAGAAUGAUGAAUCACCUAAUAAAUCUGACAAAGCCCUUGAGAUUACAAACCAAGGCUCAUAUUUGGAUUCCUUACUCAUUCAUCUUCAACCUCACCUUUGGCCUUGGGAAGACCAAGAUAUGAAGAGACAAACUGUAAGAGAUAGUGAGCAGACAAACCUUGUCAUGGGACAACUUGAAGAGGGAGAGAUCAAAGAAACAAAAUUAUCUGGGGGGCAAGACAAGAAAAAGUUGGCAAUCAUUAUGAAUGAGUCAUGUCAUAUCUCAAUAGGAAAAGGCCACCAGGUCCAUAGCAACCAGAAUAAAGCCCUUUCAGAUGAAGAGACUAGCUUUCAGGAGAUUUUGAAGGCAAAGACACCCAAGGAUGAAGAUAUGAGAAUUUCCCGUGGGAAGGUGACAGAUGUGCCCAUGUGCCAAGGAAAAAAAACUGGAAUGACAUCAGACCCUUUGUCCAACAAAAAGGGAGAUGAAUUAUUGAAACAUGAAAUGAUUAAAAUCCUGAAUGAGUUGAAAUAUCAAAUAGUAACUUCAGGCUAUACAAAUAUGAAGGUGGCUAAAAUCCAGCUGAAAAGAUUGAUAGAGCUUGAAAAAUCAAUGAAGAAAUUAGAUUUUGAGUGUGCUUGGACAAAAGUGCGAAGUUCUUUUGGGGAGGGUAAAUCCAGGAACUGGGAAAAGUCUAUCAGAGCUCAAGUUCAACAAUUCAAAUUAAUUGAAGGUUGGAGAGUUAUCAAAACAAAUGCAAGUGAUGAUUUAAAGGAAUGUAUGAAGCUUUUACAGGUUGAAGAAUAUUGGCCAGUCUUCUCUGAAAUGAAAUAUAAAACCUUGACAGACACAAUGAACUUGAUAAAAAAAAUCCGCCAAGAAAAAAAUGGACAUGCUUAUCAAGAACUCUGCAGAUUACUACCACCAAAACUUCUUCAGCACAGACUAUCCAGGAUGGCAUAUAUGGCAAAAAGAUCAGAUUUCAUUUCUCAAUUGUACUCUGAUGAAGAUCUCAAAUCAAAACAAGAAAGAGGAUAUGAUACAUUGUGGAUCUUGCUGAUUGAAGAGGCUUUAUACUCAGCAACUCAAAUAGAUUCAGAGACUUAUCUGUCAGAUACCAAGGAUAAAGACACAUGGGAUGUUUUUGUGAAACUAUUCAGGUUAAUCCAUGAACAUGAUGUGAUUGAUAAAGACAGCCUAUUGUUUAACAUCAGAUACAAGGGGUCUUACUGGAUUUCAUCAAUUGAUUUUGAGCUAUUUUCAGGUGGAUCAACUCCUCAAUCUCACAGAUUCAAAAAAGGUUUCAAUAUUUUAUUGAGGCACCUUGACAAGAUUGAAAAUAUAUAUGAAGGAUCUAUGGACAAAAACAAGUUUUCUAAACUGAUGAAAUCGGCAGGAGAUUGGUCUCCUACAGACAUCCUAUUGGGGAUACACUAUGGUGUUAGAUUGGAAUCAUUUGGGGCUUUGAGCCAUCUUGCUAAAUCAAAACACCAUACAUACACCCAUGAGUUGUCUCAACUUGAUAAGGAAAAGAUUAGAAGACCACAAGUGCAGGAUUUUGAAAACUUCCUCAAAGCUCAUAUAGAACUACAGAGACAGGGUAUAAUUUCAUGUUGUAAACCUCUGAAGUCAUUAAGACUGCUUCAAAGUAGAUGA